ACGCGCUUUGUAAUUAUGUCUCUUUCAGUGAAGCUGGCGCGAGUCCCGGAGCUUUUAAUUUCUCGGAACCGGCGUGGCGUGACGUCAUCACGCCCCCCGGUGCUCGCGGUAUCCCACGGACGGCAGGAGCUGCACGGGCGCGCGAGCUCUCCUCGAUCGGCCCGGGUGAUAUUUAAGGCUCGAGGCGCGCGCGGUAACGGACACGCUAACGGGAGCCGCGACGCAAUGGAGGGAACAGCGGACUCAGACACGCCCGUCCCCGAGAGAUCCGCGGCGGACAGAGCGGCGGCGCUCGCGCGCUUGCUGCACCGCGACUGCACGCGUCUGCUCGAGCUCUACAAAGAGCGGGAGGACUUCCUGUCCCAGCAUGCACCGGGCGGCGAGCGUCUGGUGACCCUGACCCUGUGCCCCGAGGCCCUGAGCACCACUGAGCAGGUGGGACACGUGCGCUCAGCACUGCGGCGCUGCAUGGAGCUGCUGGAGUGUCUGAUCGUGCGAGAGGUGGAGGAGAUGGGCGAGGAGCUGCAGGGAGAGUACGAGAAUCUGAGGAAGAGCGUGAAGGACCGGCUCGGGCACCUGCUCCACAGCACCGGGGCCCUGCUGGAGAACGGAGAGGGGGGCUGCCCGCCGUCCCCACCGCUGCAGUGCGUCCAGGGUCAGGAUGAAGUUGAAGCUUCUGAUAGUUUUGCUGCUAAAGUCUGGACCUACAGAGUUCUGCUGGAGCUCAUCCACUGGACCGAUUCUGCCUCCCAAACCCUUCACGUGUUCCACACCGAGGCACACGGCCAGCAGCAGCAGCUCCUCUAGAUCCUGAACUAAACUCCACAUUCAGAGGGAAUCAGUAAUCUAGGCCAGGACCACGUUUAGUGCAGGAAACCAGUGCAGAUCAAGGCCGCAGACGUCUAGAACUCACUUGGAUUUAAUCAGACCUGUAGUUUAGACCACGCCGAGUUCAGGACUAAAACAGAACCAAUAUUGAUUACAAAAACUCAUGUAGCAUCUCUCAAUCUCAGCAUGAAUAGUGUUUUCCCCCCAAAUCAAAGCAUAUCCUUUGUUUAUACCCCAGAGUUUAGUUUUAUAUCCCACUGAUGAAUUAUUUGACUUGUUUUAUAAACCUCUCAACAGCAACAAAACCGUUUGUUUGGGGUAAAUUACAUUUAAGACAUUCUCUUAACUUUAACUGGAUCCAAAGACAACAUACUCAGUUUUGGGGAGUAUAUUGCUACGUUCAGAUGAGAUUCUGCGACUCUGCGGUCUUGGUUUUGAUAUUGUGUGCUAUUUUAACAGUAUGCUGUGCUCUUGAGGUAUGAUACAGCUGUGAAAUACAUCACGCUUCACACACACACGCUUCAGCUUUAGUUACACACCUGAAGAAACCUAGACGUUUACCUGUAAAUUCAACAGAGGUCAGUAGAGAGUCCUUCACUGCAGGAAGUGUUCUGCCCUCAUUUACUCUCACUCCAAACUUUAGAAGAUAUUUACUGCUGUUCUAGUCCAAACAAUGAACACAGACAGUGAGCAGAAGCGCUCAAGCAACAGAAUGCACCAACUCAAGAAAUAUUAAUGCAUGUAACAUGUACAAUUUGCAAUUACUUUUUUUUUUAUUACAAGACAAAACCAAAAAGUAGAUUUGGAGGAUAUAAAUUCAGAACUGCAAAACAUAACAAAAAACUAAAAAUAGAUGUAGUCAGAAUUCUGAGUUUAUAUCUCUUUUUUUUUAUAUAACUUUUUUUUCUCCGAAUUAACAACAAAACAAAAUUGCAAGAUAUAAGAUCAGAAGAAUUAUACGAAAAAAUGUAAACAAAAUACAGAAUUGCAAUAUAUAAGCUCAGAAUUGCACAAAAAAAUUAAUAAAAAAACACUAUUGCAAGAUAUAAACUCAUAAUUGCAUGAAAAAUAAAUAGACGGAAUUGCAAGAUAUAAACUAAGAAUUGCACGGAGAAUAGAAAUAAAAACAGAAUUACAAGAUGUAAACUUGAAGAAAAUCUGAAUUUAUGUUAUAAUUUUAAAAAAUCUCAGACUUUCAAUAAAGACUUAAUUGUGAGACAAUAAAACACAUGAUUAUGAUUAUUAUGUAUUCAGGCUUCCAUAUGAAUGAGUAAACAAAGGCAGAAAUGUGAGAAAGGUAGUGUUAUUCUGACUGAACUCAAUCACAUGCAGAGAUUUUACACGUAGGAUAAAGCACUAAACUGCAUUCUAGUGUCAUUUCACCCACAGAAACUAACAAGUCUAACAUUUACAAAUUCUCAAGUUCGAUAUAAAGAUAGUAACAGCAAAUAGUUGUGCUCUGUUGCUCCACACACACACACACGAUCGUGAUAAUAAAACAACAUCAAGUGUGAAACCCCUGUAGGUGAGUUAGUGAGCCACUAGUGAUCAAACGCAGCUUCAUGACCCUAAACCCACUAACCUGUUCCUGAACUAACAGAUGAUGUAGCAAGCCGCCUGUGACUUAGACUGUGAAUUACUGUGUGAUCCAAGUCAGAUUUCAUUGUGAACUAAAUCAAAGGCAUUACUGAGUAGUGAAGAUAAUAGUGUUAGACUGUAGCCCAUAGAUCAGAAAUAUUAAUAUAUUAAUGUCUUUAUUUAUUAAUUUGUACUGAGAUGUCAUGUCAAUGUAACACUGUGAUGCAUGUCUCUGCUACUAAUACACCAGCGCAGCUCCUGACAUGGACUAACUCUGAAUGCUGUGAAUCUGUCCUUAUAUCCAGAUGUUUAUGCACUGUUCUGAUCUGAUGCAGCCGCUGCACGCUCCUCGUCUGAACGUCACGCUGUGUCGAGUUCAUCUGUGACACACACACACACACACACACACACUCACACUCUCUCACACACACACACACACACACACAAACACUAACAAUGCUUUGCAGCAGAAUGUUCAACUCAUAUUCCUCACAUUCUCUAUUUUGUUAUAUUAUUGAUCACAAUAUCAUGUAUAUGUCUAUAUUAAUCAAUAAACUAUGGAUGAAACCUAA